GUACAAUGAAAGGCAAUGAAAAUCAGAGUAUUUAAAAGGGCUUCACACUCUGCAAAGCCGCACCAGGGAGCUAAAAGCAGAGCUAUGGCGCCUCUACCGCUAAGAUUGUAUGUCCCCCUGCAACUGCUGAUGAUCAUGCUUAUUGGAUCCGCCGGCGCCGCCCGAUUCCGCGGCGGAGGGGACAGCGAAACCGUGUCGUCGUCACAGAGAGAGUUCGAUUUCUUCAAGCUCUCUCUCCUAUGGCCUGGCACCCAAUGCCGGAACACUCGCCACUGCUGCUCAUCCAAUGCCUGCUGCCGUUCCAGCUCGCCAACCGAAUUCACAAUCCAUGGACUAUGGGCUGAUUACAAUGAUGGAACUUGGCCAGCAUGUUGUGAAGGUCCCCAAUUCAAUGAAAGCGAGAUCUCAACUCUGAUGGGUGACUUGACAAAGUACUGGCCAACUUAUCAGUGUGGUAGCUCAUCAACUUGCCAUCGCAGCAAAGGACCAUUUUGGGCGCAUGAGUGGGAGAAACACGGAACAUGUUCCACUCCCGUUGUCCGGAAUGAAUACGAAUACUUCAUGACAACACUGAAUGUCUUCUUCAAAUAUAAUGUUACGGAUGUAUUGCACAAAGAGGGAUAUGUACCUUCAAAUUCUGAAAAGUAUCCCUUAGGAGGCAUCAUUUCAGCCAUUCAAAAUGCUUUCCACGCAACCCCGGAAUUGGCAUGUUCUGGUGGUGCUAUUGAUGAACUCAGACUAUGCUUCUUUAAGAACUUUGAGCCACGUGAUUGUGCAACACAAUCCAGUCUUACGAACCUAGAAGAUUCAUCGUGUCCCAAGUAUGUGAGCUUACCUGAACACACAUCGCCGCGGCAAAAGAAGAAUGGAGAGGGCGGAGCUUUUCUAUCUGCAAACUAGAUGAUGGGUGGUUUGCUGAUGCUAUUUGAAAUAAAGGAUCUCAUUGGUGAUUUAUUGUUUUACAAAUAUAUUCAUAUCGUGUACCACAAAAGGGCAAAAGAGUAAGUCAAGGAAAUGUUGACAAGCUCUCAUUGUAUCCAAAACCAAUACUCCAUCUGUAUCGUUUAGUUGAUUGGUUUAAUUAAUGUAUUUAUGGAUGCAUAAAUUCCUUUUUUUUAAAUGUGAACUUCUUGCUAUUGAAUUUUAGCAAAACUUGAAUCUU